ACCGUUGUGGCGAAUGGGGGUAAGCUAAGAUUGAAGCUGCCUCUGCCAACGCUACCGAUCCUUCUACAUCCGUGGUGCACGAGGUGAUCUCUUGAAAAAAAGUCCUGGAUGGAUGAGAUGGCAGAAUCUGAGAGACCUGCUUUUGAUCCUAACCAAGAAUUCAGCACGUUAGAUAAGAUCCUGACACAAACCCAGCGCUAUUCAGAACUUCUCCUUGAGGAAGUACUUACAAAAUCUACUGCUGAUGAAGCUGCCCUCACAGAAGAAGAAAAGUGGGAAAAAGAGCAAGACAGGCUUAUUCCAUCAAUGGCUGGUGCCACGGUGAAGCCUUACUUGAUAAAGGGUGUCAAGUGGCUAAAAUUUCUGUGGCAGAAUGGGCUAAAUGGGAUAAUAGAGGAUCCAGUGGAAUUCGGGGCAGUAUUCCAGACACUUUUAUUUCUUGCUCAUCUCAAGGAAAGUGGUUUGCACGGUCCAUACAUGAUAGUUACGGCCGAGCCCUCGAGUCAUAUCUCAUACUGGUUGAAAGGGAUAAGAUUGUUCCCCACUAUGAAGAAACUGAUUUAUUUUGGAGAUAAAAACAGUCGGGCAAACUGGAGGAGAGAGUUAGUGUACAAAACUGUUGGCCCUGAUUUUCCGAUCAUAUUAACUACAUAUCGUACGGCCAUGUUAGACAAAGGAUGGCUUGCUGAUUAUAAGUGGAAAUAUGUUGUCUUGGAUGAGAGUGAUCAAAUGAAGCAGUGGGAAUACGAAAUAUUGGAGAAGUUAAAGCACCGGCCAGUGGAUAAUAAGCUCCUUUUGGUAAGGUCACAUUCUACAAAGAGCCUAGCAGAUCUGCGGUCGCUAUUGAAGUUUGCGUUGCCUCCUGUGCUCUCAUGUCUUGAGGAAUUUGAUUCAUGGUUUAAAUUUUCUGGCAAAGAAGGCGAGGAACAACAAACUGAAGAGGAAAGGAGGACCUAUCUUUCGAAGCUUCAUGCCAUUUUGCGUCCAUUCCUUCUAAGGCAGAUGGAGGAUGUAGAAAACAAGGUCCCCCAAAAGAAAAGUGCCACAUGCUACAAGGCUAAAGUUGUUCAGCACCCGAAUGCAAUUGGCGUCAAAUGCUCUAAAAACCAUGCAACGAAAGAAGUCACAAGGACUGGUGUUGAGAGUUGUCAAGCUGUAGCAGCAGAGGUUCCCCCAAAGAAAGGGCCCACAUGCUCAGAUGCGAUGAGUGUCACACGCCCCAAAGACCAUGCAGCGAUAGAAGGUGCAAGGACCGGUGCUGAGACUCAAGCGGUAGCAGCAGAGGUUCCCCAAAAGAAAGGUGCCACAUGCUCAGAUGACGUUAUUGCCACACGCUCCAAAGACCAUGCAGUGAUAGAAGGCUCAAUGACUGCUGCUGGGAGUUCUCAGGAGGUAGCAGCAGAGUAUGUUUCUGAAACAAAUAGGAAAGGUAGUGCUGACAUGCGAUCCAGUCAAUUUUACCUGGAAGGCAAUGAGGUUGUAAAGAGGCAGCGAACAAAUGAUGCGCUUAUCACACCGCUUGGAGAAAGCAAUUCAGCUGUGCAUGCGCAUGUGCAAGUGACCAAGUCAACUUCCUCUGAGCUAAUCUUCAAGGCACUCCAAGACAUACCUGACUUGGCCCGUGCUGAUAUUCUAAGAGCUUACAGUACUCUUACCCGUGAUGAUCGCCAGUUUGAAUCUCUUAUGGCGCUCCCAAUGGACAUGAGGAAGGAUUGGCUGCUCAUGGAGAUUGGAAACAAGUAA